AUGAAUACUGUUCUGUCUCGUUCCCAGCGCAAGAGUUUGUACAGAGACUUCGAUUGCCUCUGUUCAUCACUGGCGGUGAAUUGCUGCCAAUUCUCCUGUUGCAUGCCUGAUGUCCCUGCAAUCGAAUUCCCCUGCACCAACUUGGCCAACCAAUGGAUGACGGAACUGAUCCAACUACGCCCCGAAGUGAAACUACGAGAAUUGGUGAUUCCUGGCACUCAUGAUUCGGCAUCGUACUCUCUGAGUGCAUGGACUCUCUUUUCGGCGGCAGGUCGGACCCAAAAUGUGUCCGUCUAUGAGCAGUUACUGCGAGGUGCCCGAUACUUGGACUUGCGUGUGGCUGGAGCCAGCCAAGACAACAAAGAGGACGUGUACAUCUUCCAUGGCUGCUUGCGAUGUGCCAAGUUGGUGGAUGUAUUGAAAGAAGUCAAGGACUUUUUGGAGUUGCAUCCCCAGGAAUUCGUCUUUGUCGAGGUGGUGGCGGAAUACGGACGCUUGUUUACGGACGAGCAAAAGUACUACGCUUUGGAAUUGGUGCGAGAUACCUUUGGAGACCAGAUCUACCAAGGCGCCAGCUAUCAGCAACUCAUGAACAAGUGGACUCUGGCACAGGUAGUGACCGGCCAAAAGAAGAAUCUUUGUGUCAUGGUGCAUCCUCGAAUCUACAAGUUUGAAGUCAACGAAGUGGAGUAUCUGGAAGACAACAUCCAGAGAGAGUUUGGUUUCCCCAACUCGCACAGAUGGAUGCGGAGUCAUUGGCACAACACACGCGACCUCAAUCUCAUCAAGGAUUGGAAUCUAACGGAGGUCAAGAAGUACGGUCCGCAAGAGAAGAAGCUGUUGAACAACCAGGUCGUGAUGACGCCCGGUAUAAGCGGCGCCUUGGAUGUUGCCAAGCUCCUAUUCGGAGGCAACAGUCUCCGACCCGUCAGCUUUGCCGCGGCUCUCUACAAGAGCGAAGUUCUCGAUGUCUUUUUCCGUGACAAUGCCGAUGAACCCUGGAACAUGGUCAUGUUUGACUACAUUGACUUGACGCCUUCUCUCAUUUGCUUCUUGAUCAGUCUGAACUUUCCUUCCGGCUUGAAGAUUAUGAAAGCCGCCGUGACAUUGUCACUCGACCAUGAGAAUGCCACCGACGAGGAGAUCCAAAGGGCCGCUCAAGAAGGUAGUUUUGAUGUCACCAAGACUGUCCGGUCGUUUGUCAAGCGAAAUACCGUCCUGUACCUGACGGAUAUUCAAAAGGAUUUGGAGCUCAAGUCGGACCGAGGAACGUUGACGAUUGCGUACAAGAUGAUUGACAAGAAUGGCGCCGAUCAAUUCUAUGUAUCGACCAUUGACUUUGACCGCGAAACAGAGGUUCUGAUCAGUCCCUUUUGCCGCAACGAAGAACAAACGGUCCAUAACUGCAUCGAGCCACACAAGCAUCCCAACGGUGGCUGCGUGAAAGGAGGAAGGAUCUGCUGCAAGGAAGACGCGACUGCCCGAGGAGCCGAGACUGUCAUUGAGUUUACCACAACGGAGAAAGGCUGCGAGUUUGGAAUUUCUCAUUGA